CUAAUUAGAGAUUUACAAUUACAACGGUUGCUUAAGGCAUAAGCUGCGCAACCCUUAAAAAGGUUGCAACUUAAUGGAGAGACGAGUUUGAGAAAUUUGUAUUCUCAAAACCCCUGAUUCAAGUUUAGCUGCUUCUCGUCUUCUUCGUCAACCCUCCGCAACAUUCCAACUCACCUCUCUCGAACUCUGCUACAGGUUGGUUUCUCUCACUCUCUGAUGUGAUCUCGGUAUCCUUACAUAUAUCUAUCUAUAUAUGCAUGUAGUCCCUGCCUAUACGCUUGGUUACAUCCGAAUCCAAUCAUUCACAUACAAAUUUGCGUAUCGGAUCCCUGCAUAAAACCAGAUCCGUGAUCUCUCCCCAUGGCCCCAAUCGCACUCUCUCAUUUGGGGCUAUUUUUCAAUUUUAUGUUUUUGAUUAACUUCUCGUAUUCCGAUCCGACUUUGGACUGCCCCCGCACCAAUACCUCCCUUCUCAACUUCACCUCUCACUUCGCCUUGGAGCAGCACCAGCUCCGCGGUAUCUUCUCCAUCAUCAACGAUUGCUCCUUUCAGGUUUCCCAAUUUGACAUGCUCGCCGGCGCCGACGUCCACUGGUGGGGCGCCGUCGGCGACGAUUUUCAAAACCUAACUAAUGGUUUCCCCGUUUCCGAUUCCACCCUCAAUCAAACCUAUAAAAAUGACACCUUCACCGUUCGUCUGCGGAAGAAUGUAACUUGGGAUCAAAUGAAACUUCUUGCGAUUUGGGAUGUUCCCACUGCUUCUGAUUUUGGAUACGUGUUGUUGAAUGGUUCUGGAAAUGGCAAGGAGCAGCCUACUGUCUUUGAUAAUUGCAAAGUGCUGUCUGAUAGCUAUAGGAUUAGGUGGAGUCUCAAGGAGGCGGAAAAUGAGAUUGAGAUCGGUUUGGAAGCUGCCAUUGGAGUUGAGGAUUACAUGGCGUUCGGGUGGGCCAAUGAGAGUGCUUCUGGCUCGCUUAUGCUGGGCGGGGAUGUGGCCAUCACGGGGUUUGAGGAGGAUGGGUUGCCCUUUGCUCACGAUUAUUAUAUAACUAAGUAUAGUGAGUGUAUGAUUGCUGAGGAUGGGAACGUAAAGGGGGUUUGCCCGGAUACUCUGUAUAAGCCUACUGAUCCUGUUGUGAUGGUGAAUAAUACAAAGAUCAUUUAUGGGCACAGGAAGGAUGGUGUUUCAUUCAUCAGAUACAGCAGACCUUUGCAGUCUAAUGAUAGCAAGUAUGAUCAUAAAAUUGACCCCAAGGCAGACAUGAAUGUGAUAUGGGCAGUAGGGCUGAUUAAGCCUCCUGAUAGUUUACGCCCUUUCUAUCUUCCUCAAAAUCACGGUGGGAGUUAUGGUCACUUGAAGCUGAACCUUUCUGAGCAUGUAAAUGACUGUUUAGGACCCCUGGAUGCUGAAGAUAAGGAGGACCAAGAUCUUGUAAUCGCAGAUAAGAAGGAGCCACUUGUUGUGUCGACUGGUCCAGCAUUGCAUUACCCAAAUCCCCCAAAUCCUUCUAAAGUUCUUUAUAUCAACAAAAAGGAAUCUCCUCUGUUGAGGGUAGAGAGGGGGGUGCCGGUGAAGUUCUCGAUACAGGCUGGACAUGAUGUGGCUUUAUAUGUUACAUCUGAUCCUAUUGGUGGGAAUGCAACUUUAAGAAACACGACAGAGACAAUAUAUUUUGGGGGUCCAGAAGCUGAAGGUGUACAGGCCAGUCCGACAGAGUUGGUGUGGUCACCUGACAGAAAUACCCCAGAUCUUGUUUAUUAUCACUCUCUUUAUGUACCAAAGAUGGGCUGGAAAGUUCAAGUGGUUGAUGGAGGUUUGCCAGACAUGUAUAACAACAGUGUCUCUUUGGAUGAUCAGCAAGUUAUGCUUUUCUGGACGCUAGCUGAGAACUCUAUAUCUAUUGCAGCUAGGGGGGAGAAAAAAAGUGGUUAUCUGGCUGUUGGGUUUGGUCGUGAGAUGGCCAACAGCUAUGCUUAUGUGGGUUGGAUUGAUGACAGUGGUAGAGGAAGGGUGAACACAUAUUGGAUUGAUGGGAACGAUGCUUCAAGUGUCCAUCCAACAGAGGAGAAUUUGACAUAUGUGAGAUGCAAAUCUGAAAAUGGCAUCAUCACAUUGGAAUUCACCCGUCCCCUGAAUCCAUCUUGUGAUCGGAAUGCAAGGCACGAGUGCAACAAUAUUAUUGACCCCUCAACUCCUCUAAAAGUAAUUUGGGCUAUGGGUGCUCAAUGGUCUGAUGACCACUUGAGCGUGAGAAACAUGCAUUUUGUAACAAGCAAGAGGGCAGUGAGUGUACUGCUGAUGCAUGGUUCUGCAGAAGCAGAGGAGGACUUGCGACCUGUCUUAGCUGUACAUGGGUUUAUGAUGUUUCUUGCAUGGGGCAUUUUGCUUCCUGGUGGCAUUCUGGCUGCUAGAUACCUGAAGCAUGUGAAGGAUGACAGUUGGUUUAGGAUACAUGUUUACCUGCAAUAUUCAGGAUUAGCUAUAGUUUUCCUUGGGUUUCUGUUUGCUGUUGCUGAACUUCGUGGUUUGACACUCCAGUCCGUGCAUGUCAAGUUUGGAAUGCUGGCAAUACUGCUGGCCGUAGCACAGCCGAUAAAUGCGUACUUGAGACCUAAGAAGCCUGAUGUUGGAGAGGAGACGCCUUCGCAGAGACUCAUAUGGGAAUACACUCACGUUAUAAUUGGGAGGUGUGGUAUACUUGUUGGAAUAGCUGCUCUUAUCAGUGGGAUGAAACAUUUGGGAGAGAGGUAUGGUGAUGAAAACGCUAACGGCCUGAGCUGGGCUCUGAUACUUUGGUUCUUAUUGGGUGCUUUGAUGGUAAUAUAUUUGGAGUAUCGUGAGAUGGGUAGAAAACGAGACAGAACAGCCGGAAGAAGCGCUUGGGUUUUGGGUAAUGGUGAAGAAGAGUCUAGAGACCUCCUCAACCAAAGCGAGCCAGCAAAAGAGAAAGAAUCUGAAUAUGUUGAGAAGUGGAACACUCCCACUUGAGGAGACAGUAAGAGUGAAACUGAAAAUCUGAGGACCCUUGAGGACGAGGACGAUGAUGAUGAUGACGAUGACGAUGAUGAUGGGCAGAGUGUGGAUGAGUCUUCAACCACCACCACUGCUACUGACUCAGAUGAUGACAAUUAUGUGGACGAAGUGGAGGAAUAAGAAGAUACCCUUAUGCUGCAGGAGGAUAAUGUACCCAAAAUUGACAGUGAAACACGACGGCUAGCUGUUGUCAAUCUCUACUGGAGUCAAGUCAGGGUGCGAUGUCUCAUCUGUUUUACCUUUUCAUCUUCUUUUCAAGUAACUUUGAAAGCACAUUGUACGACACAAGUUAUAAUUAUCACACAAGAAUAGUUAGAGAAGAUGUCUUCAAGGGGUGUAAUAACACUUAAUUUCAUUUUGUCGAAUUGCAUUGGAAUUAGAAUAAUCCUCAAUAUAAACAAGAGGUUUGGACUUGUGGGUACAUGCUGGUUACGUAGUAUACAUUUUUAUAUAGAAUUGGAAAUGAAUUAGAUUCAAAGGUACACCUUUUUAUUCCCCUAGGCAGGUGCUGCUUUGAUGUCCGUCACAUGACCCGAUCACAACACUUAAUAUCUCAUUAGUUUAUCUUUCAGAGUAGUUACGAAUUUUGGUAAAUUAAAUGCACUCUCCAUUUCUCUAUUUGGACACUUAUAAUAUGAAUCUCACGACCAGAAUCCUUCAUUGCAGGCUGUUGAUUUGUAUGUCUUGUUAACUUCAUUUCUUCCUAAAGGGGAUCGAAGAUUUGUUUGUAUCUGUAUAUCCAUCCGAGUUUGGACUCAAGUGCAUGAGUUAUUACCAAAAUGAUGAAUGACCAAGUUGUUUUUAUCCUAUUUCUUGUUGAUAAUUUUUUUUAAGUAUGUAUUUAUGGUUAAGCUCCAGGCAAAGUGGUGUUGGAAUGAGUUGAUGGGGGCAGUUGCACCUUUUUAACUGUCUUACUCUACGGAGUUAGGUGAUGGUCUAUUAAAUUAUAUUUUUGAAAUAUAAUUGUUGGUUUUUAGACUUUUAUAUAAGUUGUCAAAUCCCCAGCUUUACGUGUCAUGAACAAUAGUUGUAAUCUUUUCAUCCCUUGCAGAUAGGUUGGAACUAAAAAGAGUAUUUGGCAUCCCAUGAGAGUGAAUCCGAUGAUGAUAACAAUGAAGACAAGUCUGAAAAGAAGCGAGAUAAGUACCGUGCCCUAAUCCAGACAAGGGAUGGCUCUGAUGAAGAUGAAGAAGAUGAUAAUGGGCAGGACAUGGAGGUUACGGUUGGUUCUGGAUUAGAAGAAAUAAGCAAACGCAUUUCAGAAAAGAAGAAGAAAUCCGAAUUCGUUUGGGAGACGUACCUCAGAAAGGGUCAAAAUAUGCUUCAGAUGAUGAGAGUAGUGACACUGAUGAAGAAGCAGAUGACUUGUUUGUUGAAGAUACUUCAGCUGAAGCAAAUAAGGGCAGUGGUGUGACAACGAAGAGGGUGAAUAAAAGCGAAGAAGUGAGCAUAGCAGAACUGAAGUUGUUAACUGCUGAUGAUACCAAUUUUAAGGGCUACAACAUAAAACUUAAGUAGUGCAAAGGGAAGAAAGGGAACGAUGAGGGAAAGAUACCAGCAGUCGAUUAUCAAGACGCACUUUUCAGCUUUGUUUACCUCUGCACACUAUGCUCCGGACCCAACUGAACCUCAAUAUAAAAGGUGCUGUUUUAUUUUGCAAUAUUGUCAUCAAGAAUCAAGCAUGCUAUGCUUAUGUAGGUGUUAUUUUGCUGGUACAGGAGUGCAGCUUAUCAUCGGCAGAAGCAGAACAAAUCUACUCGGACAAGGGACUAAUCCCAAAGAGGAAAACAAAUUCAAAAAAAAAAUGUACACGAAUGUUUAAUUAAUUAAGAGCAUUUAUUAUUACCAUGUUAGAUUUAUUCUUACUUCUAUGUACAAGUUUAACGCAACUAGAGACCAACACUUGAAUGUCUGACCUUCAUUGCUUCUUCUUUUUUCAUUUAUUUUGUUCACAAUUGCU